CUUUUUUUUCCUUCUUUUUUUUUCCCCUUUGUUUUUCCUCUAAAACUUCCUAUUCAUUCAAAUUUUCUACAUCUUUGGAUAAUCGGUUUAUAGUUAUUCUUAUCUUGUUUCAUUUAUCUUGGUUUUUUUGGUUUAAUCAUGGUUUCAUCUGCUGUCUUAGGGUUCCCAAGAAUUGGUCCAUUUAGAGAAUUGAAAAAGGCUACUGAAGCCUACUGGAAUUCAAAGAUCUCACAAGAGGAAUUGUUAAAGGUCGGUAAAGAAAUUAGACUCAACAAUCUAAAAUUACAAAAAGAUGCUGGUAUCGAUUCAAUUCCUUCAAACGAUUUCUCCUACUACGAUGCAAUCUUAGAUUUCUCCAUCUUAUUAAAUGUUAUUCCCCAAAGAUACUCUAACGAAAACUUGUCUCCUUUAGAUUUAUUAUUUGCAAUGGGUAGAGGUUUACAAAAGGGCUCAAUUGAUUUGCCAGCUUGUGAAAUGGUUAAGUGGUUCGACUCAAACUACCAUUACGUUAGACCAACUUUCUCUCACUCAACUGAAUUCAAAAUCAACGGUUCCAAACCAAUUGACGAAUAUUUGGAAGCCAAGUCUAUCGGUAUUGAAACUACCCCUGUUUUAAUUGGUCCAGUCUCUUUCUUGUUUUUGGGUAAAUCAGACAAAGACUCUUUAGAUUUAGAUCCAAUCUCUUUAUUAGAUAAAUUAUUGCCUGUUUACCAACAAUUAUUAGUCAAAUUAGCCAGCGCCGGCGCUAAAAAAGUUCAAAUUGAUGAACCAAUCUUGGUUUUGGAUUUGCCUCAAAACGUCAAAUCUGCUUUUAAAGUUGCCUUCAACUACUUGGCUAAAGCUUCCGAAACCAUCCCAUCAAUUACCUUAACCACUUACUUUGGCGAUGUUAUCCCAAACCUCAAUGCUAUUACCGGUUUGCCCGUUGACACUUUACAUUUCGAUUUUGUCAGAGGCUCUUCUCAACUAUCUGCUGUCUUGGAUAUCUUAAAACCAAACCAAUCAUUAUCCGUCGGUAUUGUUGACGGUAGAAAUAUCUGGAAAAACGAUUUAUCCAAAUCAAUUGAUUUUAUCAAACCAAUCGUCUCCAAAUUAGGUCAAGAUAGAGUCAUUGUUGCUUCUGCUUCUUCUUUAUUGCACUCUCCUGUUGAUUUAAAUAACGAAAAGAAAUUGGACGCUGAAAUUAAAGAUUUCUUUUCUUUUGCUACCCAAAAAUUGGAUGAAAUUGUUGUCAUCUCCAAGGCUUUAUCCAACGGAGAAGAAUCUGUUGCUGAUGCUUUAGCUGCUAACAAGGCUUCCAUCCAUGCCAGAGAAACCUCUACGAUCACCAACGACCCAGCUGUUCAAGAAAGAGUCUCCAAGAUUACUCCAAGUUUGUCUGCUAGAGCCUCGGUUUUCCCAGAUCGUUACAAAGUACAAAAAUCAAGAUUUAACUUACCUCUAUAUCCAACCACCACUAUUGGUUCGUUCCCUCAAACUAAAGCCAUUAGACAAACAAGAAAUAAAUUCAACAAAGGUCUUAUCACUCUUGCUGAAUACGAUCAAUUCAUCCAAUCGGAAAUUGACGAAGUUGUCAAAUUCCAAGAAGAAGUUGGUUUAGAUGUCUUGGUUCAUGGUGAACCAGAAAGAAAUGAUAUGGUCCAAUACUUUGGUGAAAAAUUAAAGGGUUACGCUUUCACCACAAACGGUUGGGUUCAAUCUUAUGGUUCCAGAUAUGUCAGACCUCCAAUUAUUGUUGGUGACGUCUCAAGACCCCAAGCCAUGACUGUCAAAGAGUCUGUUUACGCUCAAUCUAUAACAAAAAAACCAAUGAAAGGUAUGUUAACUGGUCCAAUCACCUGUUUAAGAUGGUCUUUCCCUAGAGAUGACAUUUCCCUAAAAGACCAAUCUUUACAAUUAGCCUUAGCCUUAAGAGAUGAAGUUCAAGAUUUAGAAGCUGCUGGCAUUAAUGUCAUUCAAGUCGAUGAGCCUGCUAUUAGAGAAGGUUUGCCAUUAAGAGAUGGUCAAGAAAGACAUGAUUACUUGGAUUACGCUGCUAAAUCCUUUAGAAUCUCAACUUCCGGUGUCCAAGAUGAUGUCCAAAUUCACUCUCAUUUCUGUUACUCAGAUUUAGAUCCAAACCAUAUCAAAGCUUUAGAUGCCGAUGUUGUCUCUAUCGAAUUCUCAAAGAAAGAUGAUCCAAACUACAUUCAAGAAUUUGCCAACUAUCCAAACCACAUUGGUUUAGGUUUAUUCGAUAUCCACUCUCCAAGAGUUCCAUCAACUGAAGAAUUCAUUCAAAGAAUUGCCACUAUUUUGGAAGUUUAUCAACCUGAAAAAUUCUGGAUCAACCCAGAUUGUGGUUUAAAAACUAGAAAAUGGGACGAAGUUAGAGCUCAAUUAACUAAUAUGGUUGCUGCUGCUAAAUAUUACCGUGAAAAGGCCUAAUUUUUCUCAUUUUUGAAAAAAAAUUAAAAAAGGUUUAAUAUAUUUCUUCAUUUUUUUUUUCGCUAUUUUUUGGUGAUGUGAUGUUAACUUCUUUUAGAUUUUUUUUAUUUCUGAAUUUUUUUUUCAAAGAAAAAAUUUGUAAUGACUUUCAACUGUACUUUUAUUCAUUUUUAAUGUUCUUCA